AUGCCUCCACGUGGAAAUGCAACUUUUCUUCUCUCAUCUAUCGUGUUCUUGUUAUGGAAAAUUUGUUAUGGAGGGAAGAUUUUGGUCGUUCCUUUCGAAGGAAGCCACUGGGUGAACAUGGACAUCAUAAUCAAAGCUCUACACUCUCGAGGACACUCCGUUGAUGUGAUACGAACAAGUAUGAGCUGGUCCAUCCAGGACAACUCUCUGUACUACAAGACAAUCACAGUUCCUGUCACUGAAUCCUUUAAUCAUGAUUUCAUUAACCCAAUUGUGAAAAAGGUCAUUGAUAUAGAAAGCAGAGAGAGCUCAGUUUUGAGCUUUACCAGUAUGCAGAUUGAGAUGCUUACUGCGAUGUCUAACAUGCAUCGAAUAAUGUGUAAAAUGGCUACUGACUUGUUUAAAGACAAAGACCUAAUGGACAGUUUAAAGGAGAGUAAGUAUGACCUAGUCCUCACUGACCCAGCAUUGGGUACAGGUAUAAUGUUGGCUCAUGCUCUUAAACUGCCUCUGGUCUAUAAUGUACGGUGGGUAACUAGCGGAGAGGGACAUAUGGCCAUUGCACCUUCUCCUUUAUCUUAUAUCCCGCUGACCGCCUCAAGACUGUCAGACAAAAUGACUUUCAUGCAAAGAAUCAAAAAUCUCAUUAUGUAUGUCAUUUGGCAAGCUCAGGAUCGAUUUUUAAUCAGCCCUCAGUAUCAAGUUAUUUGUGAUGAAUUCUUCAGCACAGAAGUCAGAUAUAGUGACUUAUUAAAGGGAGCAGAUUUGUGGCUCAUGAGA